CCAAUGAAAAAACGCAACAGUUUUAGUUGAAGAACAGAAAUCAGUUGGUGUAGAACUCUCUACACAGCAGAUGUUGUAGUGGCAAAUUGUUGUAUAUUUUUAUUUAAAUAGUAUUUUUUUAAUAUAAGUGCAUAUACACAAAAAAGUAAAACAACAACAAUAUACUAUAAAUAAAAAAAAUAAAGAAAAACCAAAUUUAUGCAAACAAGUGUUAUUUGUUGAAUUUCUUUAAACAAAUUUAGUUUGGUGCUUUUUUGUUUAUUAAAAUAUUUUGGAAAAAACCCACUUCUGUACAAACAAUGGCUACCAAUAAUGAUGAAGACUAUGAAAAAACCAUUGAUAACUUGCAGACAUGGUUUGAGGAAAACAAAAACUUACCCAAACAAAUUGAUCGUCUCCUAUUAGAACGUUUCUACUUGUGCAUGUACAAAGAUGUAGAAGAAACUAAGAAAUUAAUCGAAGUUAACUACACAAUAAGAAAUAAAAGCCCACAUAUCUUUAUUAAUCGCGAUCCCACAGACGAAGAUAGUCAAAGAACAUUCGAAUAUGCAGAUAUGGUGCCCUUACCAGGUCUAACACCUGAAAAUUAUCGCAUAACAUGUUUCAGACUAUGUGAUCCAGAUCCCCGAAAGAUGCAUCAUACGGAAGACACCAAGGCCUUCAUAAUGAUCACCGAUUGUCGUUUUUCAAUGCCAGAUAUUAGUGAUGGCAACACUUCAAUGCUUUCAGAGGGCGAAGUUCAAAUUUUCGAUAUGACUGGUUACAGUAUGAAACAUGCGACACGUUUAUCAAUAACAACUCUGCGCACAUAUUUGAAAUUUCUACAGCAGGCAUUUCCAGUGCGUAUUAAAGCCAUGCACAUGAUUAAUUGUCCCUCGUAUUUGGAUCGUUUGGUAAGCGUGGUGAAACCUUUUAUCAACAAAGAAGUAUUUAGUAUGAUGCAUUUUCAUACCACGGGUAUUGAGACACUUUAUGAACAUGUUCCGAAAGAACUAUUACCGGAGGAAUAUGGUGGCCAAGCGGGCAAAUUGACAGAUUUAAAGGAAGAGUUCAUGCAAUUAAUGCUGAAGAAAAGAGAUUAUCUAAUGGAUCCAAAUCAUUGGAAAAUUGAAUCGUUAUAAUUUUAUAAUGUUGUACUUAAUUAAAAUUUGUAGUAGUAUUACAAACAGUUACUAUAUCAUUGAUAUGUAUUUAUUGGGGUUAUUUUAUUGUACUUCCAUUGACUUUUAUUAAUAAAUGUUAUUUCAGGGUUUUUUCAUUCAAGUUUAUUUACAAAUUUGUUAAAAUAAUUAAAUAAAAAUCUUUAAAUAAAUGUUUAAAUAUAUGUAUGUAUAUUGAAAAAAUAAAUAA